GUGUAAGCCUCAUAGAGUUUGAAUUUAUAUUUAGUAUUUUAGCAUGUUUAUCUAAAGUCAAUUGUUCCAUAUAUUUUCUAUAUGCAUAAUUACCGAUGUGUUUGUUGGUGUGACGCCGGAAAAUGAGCGGAUGGGCCGGUUUUUCUGAGGCGGAGCUUCGGAAGAUGCAGCCCCAAGACUCAGCGAUGCCCGCAUCGGCAGCCCGAGGGCGGAAACCGGUUCCAGCAAACCGGAGUCGGCAGCAGUUACAGCGGGAGAAGGCUCUUCAGGUAGUCGCUCAAAAAAGCGCCGGAGACUUCUCUCUCUGCCUCCCCCCGGAGCAACAGCUCACCAAACCGCCGCCGAAGAACGAUCCCGAGCCUCCAGCAGGAGCUCCGGCUGUCAAACACGCUGUGCAGACCAAACCCACCGAGAUGAAGCCGGCUCCAGAGGCGCAGACCCCGGUUGUCAAAGAGCUGGAGAAACAAGAGGUGGCACUACGGAAAAAGACGCGUCUGGAGCAAUUGCAGACGGGGCAAAAGAUAAUCGAAGAGAGGAAUAAGCGCAAGAAAGCUCUGCUGACAAAGACGAUUGCUGAGAAGUCCAAACAGACUCAGGCAGAGGCUUUGAAGCUGAAGAGGAUCCAGAGGGAGCUCCAGGCCCUCGAUGACAUGGUGUCCAAUGAUAUCGGCAUCCUGAGAGGAAGGAUAGAACAAGCCUGCUGCGACUACGCCACUGCCAGAAAGCGGUACGAGAGGGCAGAGGUGGAGUAUGUCACGGCCAAGCUGGACCUGCACAAGAAGACGGAGGUGAAGGAGCAGCUGACGGAGCACCUGUGCGCCAUCAUCCAGCAGAACGAGCUGCGUAAAGCCCACAAGCUGGAGGAGCUGAUGCAGCAGCUGCAGCUGCAGGCCACCGAGGAAGAGCUGGAGCGGCAGGAGGAAGAGGAGGAGAAGAAGAUCAAACACGGCGUUGAGGCGCAGGGCGACGGGAAACGGGCGGACGGCUCGGUGGCCGAUCGGGAGGAUGCGGUGCAAUCGACCGACGACUGUCGACCCACGGAGGAGGAGCCUGUGACGGAGGAGAAAGGAGGUCCGGAGCCCCGCCCGACAACUGAAGCGCCGAAGACCGAACACGACGGUCAGACACUAGCAAGCUCUGUUGAAGGUUGCGUCGCAGCCUCCUGGCGCUCAGAACACAUUAUCACACUCGAGUAACGCAGAAAUGUCUUCCAACAAAUCCCUCGGCCAGAGGAAGUGAACCUCGACCCGGUUACGUCCAACGUCAAUUCCCUUUUCGGUGGUAACCAUCAAAACGAGUCCGAUCGUCCGUGUCUCCUGAAAUGUGAGCGGGUUCUUCUCCUGCAUAUGAGUCGAUUGUUGGAUAUUAUGGGUUGAUCAGGAUUGUGGUUUUGGUUAUUGGAAAAAAUCGAUCGCGUCCUGUGAUCUGUUGACCGUUUGUUCUCGUCGGGGCUCGGGUAGCGAGGUCUGUCGGAUUUGUCCCCACAAGCUCAAACGGUGAAGUAACUUUCAGAAAUGUUGAAGUUGGGAGGAGCGGGGAAGGGGAAGAGAAUAUUUGCAUUGGACUGUGAUUGGGAGAGAACGGUUGAAUCGGUGCAUCUCUUUUUAAGAUGUUGCAGAUUUGUACGCUCCACUUAUUCAUUAUAGUUAUAAGAAAUACAAUCUGGGCAUCAUUGUGUGUCCUUCAAAAUACAUUUGCUGUUGCUGAUUAGUGAGAUAUAUAUAUAUAUACUUUUUUACUGAACUGUUAAAUAUCCAAAGUUGACAUCUGAUUUAAAUCAGAACGUUGUCAGUUUUAGACUUUAUAAAGGAGAACUUCUUAUGAGGCUUCUUUUAUUCAGAAAACAUUUGAGAACAAAAGCUUCUUUUGUUGGUGUCGGGGAGAAGAUGAGUAAAUAUGAUAUUGAGGUGAAACUUGAGUACGAUAUCGGCACUAGUAUCGAUACGCUGCGAUCAACACUCCAGAUCCUAUUCAGCUGCAAAGGAAAUCCAAGUAUGUUUUUUAUUUGUGCGCCUCUGGAUCAAACUUCACCGAAAUGAGACGUCCCUCCGAGGGACGGCUGCGUUCAGGAGGCGAGCGCAGGCCGCUCGUCGUCUCGUGAACGACAGUUCCCGCCUACUUCCCGGAAAGGCGGCGCGGAUCCGUUUCGGUUCCAGAACACGAGCCCGCCCGUCGUGGGCGAACGUGUCCGCCGGCGCCGGGCUCGUGUUUCUCAAGGCUAAUUGUCGUCUUGUCGGUGCCGUGGAGGAGCAGCGGGCUUCCUGAAUGUAAGAGGAUACCUGUUGAUGUUUGUACUUCCAGCCGCACGGCGCUCUGCAGUUUACGCUCUCCGGCUGCACAAUGUCGACAAUAUUACGUCACACUAAUAUGACGUUGACCUGUAUGCAUCUGCUUGUAUGUGAACCAAAUGACAUGAAUAUAAAGAGUUAUUUAAAUUGGGUAUAUAUUUAAAGGUGGGAUAUGUAGAUAUACAUGUACAGUAUGAUAUUUUAUUAUAAAAAUAAACUUUUAAAAAUAA